AUGGAGCUUGCCAACGACUGCAUACCUCAGCGGCCUGCACAGUUGUGGGUGUCGGAAAGACUCUUACAUGAUUCUGAGCAGUUGGCCAUCGCCAGUGCUCUUUUCAUGGGAGUUGCAUUUGCUGGGCUUAUGGUUCCAUCUGUCGAUUGGCUGGAGCGUUCGGAGCAAUACGCUAUGAUUGUCGCUCCCAUGCGCCAGUCCUUCCUGCUAGCCACUCAGUCGGCGAUCACCAGGGUUAGACCACGACUUGAUGACUUUAGUUUCGGGAGUUGGACGCAAGUCAUGGAGCUUGCCAACGACUGCAUACCUCAGCGGCCUGCACAGUUGUGGGUGUCGGAAAGACUCUUACAUGAUUCUGAGCAGUUGGCCAUCGCCAGUGCUCUUUUCAUGGGAGUUGCAUUUGCUGGGCUUAUGGUUCCAUCUGUCGAUUGGCUGGAGCGUUCGGAGCAAUACGCUAUGAUUGUCGCUCCCAUGUACGUCACUUUUAUGAGCCUUUCGGGUCUGUCCGCCCUCUGCAGCGUCACGGCCUCAUAUGCUCGUAGUCUGGCAUUUAAUAAGGUACCUUACCCUAUGCUACCCCGUUUCGUGGCCGAGCUCAAGUCCGGUGGCUAUUGGAUGUUCUUUCGCGAACCAGCCUUCUGGUUCCUCACUAGUGCUACUAGUCUCGUUUGCGGUCUGGCAUGUGGCGCGGCCCUUCUAUAUGGUCUGAAGCAUGCCCUUGUGGCUCUGGUGCUCUUUUUGUUAGUACUAUUUUGCCAGACGUACAUUUGGAUAUGGUGGCCAAGGAUGUUGAGGUCCCAUCAAGAGGAGAUGCUCGCGGAGGUCCGAGAACGCGAACUCGCUCACUCCCAGAGGAGGUUCAAAACGAGCCGCAGUUCAGCUAGUACGGAUAUGGGCUCAAGGACGUUCAACAGUUAUCGUGACGAGGGUCUUAGCGGCGAAUUUGGUUCCGUGAUGGAGAUGGUUUGAUAUAAGGGAAUCCACUCAUUUUAUUCGUCCUCGUUCCUAUCACGCGGACUGUCACAUUUUCAGUCAUUGUUGAUAACAGACAGACAUAAUCUCACAGAGUAGAUCCUGGAUGUAAUCGUUCGACAAUAUUUCAUUUACUUAACUCACUUGUGAUUGUUACAACCAGGAGAACGGCAUCGUUUUUUACGCUGGUCUCCCUCAUUUUCUCCUGUCGACGACCGCAUACAUUGAUUUUUUCC